AUGAAGGCCCCUAACAAUGACAGUGAUGACAACGAGGAGGAAGAGGUGAAGGGGGCUGAGAUCCAAGUGUCAGUCCCUGAUUCAGGCCUCUAUCCUGUUUAUUUCUACUGGCUCUGUUCAGCCACACGCAAAGACCCAAAGUAUAAUCCUCCAAGUCCGUGGAGAUUUCUCUCGAUGCUGGUCAAGAAGCAGUGCCUGGGCCACAUCCCUGGGAAAACACGCUCCGCUGUUUACGUGGAGCUCCGGGACCACAGCAGGAACCAGCGCUCUCAACCCCUGGGCUCAGCAGCACCCUCAUUCUCAGGCCAGCAGCUCUGCCCUGAUGGGCUCAGGAAGGUCACCAACUGCCCCAGGCUGACCUCACCUCUGGCUCUGAAGGCAAAAGUAGACAUCUGUGUGCAGACCUUGGCCCAGGGGUCCCAGCACAGACAUGCUCCUGUCUGUUCCCAGUUCCACUGUGCGUCCCAGUUGGCUGACUGGUGUCUUCACCACAUCUGCACCAACUACAACAACGUGUGUCGCAAGUUCCCCCGAGACAUGAAGGCCAUGUCCCCAGAAAACCAGCAGUAUUUCGAGAAACACCGGUGGCCACCCGUCUGGUACCUGAAGGAGGAAGACCACUACCAGCGGGCCCGGAAGGAGCGCGAGAAGGAGGACUAUCUGCACCUGAAGCGGCAGCCCAAGCGGCGCUGGCUGUUCUGGAAUAGUCCGUCCUCGGCGUCCUCUUCGGCCGCCUCCUCGGCGUCCCCAUCCUCCUCCUCGGCUGUGGUCUGAGAUGCUGCCACCCUCUUCUGACCCUGCUGCUGUUGUCCCCACUUGUCUUUGCCCCUCUGCUCCUCCGCAUCGCCCCCUCCACCUCCCGGGGACAGAGGACUCGCAUAACCAGGACCCUUUGGGUGGAGCUGCUCUCACCAGCCAGCAUAGCUCGGCACAGAGAGGAGGGAGCCUGGCCUCGUGGACCAGAGCAGUGGCCCUGUGCAGAGGUCCUGAUUCCACGGCCGGCCGGGAGACAAC